AUGGACGCCUCGGUCGCGGAGCAGCUGAGGGAGAAGCUCAACUGCUCCAUCUGCCUGGGGCUCUACCGGGACCCGGUGACGCUGCCCUGCGGCCACAACUUCUGCGGGGACUGCAUCCGGGACUCAUGGCGCCGCUGCGAGCAGUCCUGCCCCGAGUGCCGGGAGCCCUGGCCGAGCUGGUCGCCCUGGCGAGGUCUGCUAUGCUCUGUGAAGGUUCUUUCGUUAUGCAAACGUGUGCCGGGUACCAGCGGUGCAGGGAACCCCGGUGUAGGGGGCCAACUGAGAGCCAGACUGGAGGUUACCCAGCAGCGGAGCACCCAGGCUGAGACCCAGCUUCAGGAUCUACAACAGCAAACUACCCACAUCCAGAGCUCAGCCUGCACGCUGGCCUCCAUGGUUUCCAGCAAAUUCAGCUGCCUGCUGCAGGCCCUGGAGAAGCGGCAGGCCUUGGCACUGGAGAACAUUGAGACGGCCAAGACACAGGCCCUAGCACAGAUCCAGGAUGAGGAGCGGCAAUUACGGGGUCACCUGGAAGCCCUGACUCAGUAUGGCCGCCGGGUUCACGAUCUGCUGACGCAAGGAGACCAUCAGACUUUCCUCCAGGAAUCGCAGCAGCUCUUGGAGCCCCCAGCACCCCUAGGGCCGCGAACCCCUGUGCAGUGGGAUGAGGAUGAGCAGCUGAGUGACCUAAAGGAGUCUCUGAGCCCGCUGUGUGGCCUCCUCCUGGAAGAACAGCAUCCACCCAGGAUGCCAGCCAAGGCUGCCCACUCACUGCCCGCAGACACUGUGGGUCCCCAGGCACCGGUUUCAAGCAUGCUGUGUCCACUGAGGAAGCAACUCUGGCAGUAUUAUCGCAAUCUGACCUUUGACCCAGCCAGUGCCAACCGCCAUUUUUACCUGUCUCAUGAGGACCAGCAGGUAACGCAUCACCGCGAGCCACAGGGCCCAGCCAGGCCAGGCAGCUUUGAGCUGUGGCAGGUGCAGUGUGCCCAGGGCUUCCGGGCUGGGCGGCACUAUUGGGAGGUACUCACCUCGGACCACUCAGUGACGCUGGGCGUCACCUACCCCGAACUGACCCGACGCAAGCAGGGAAUGAAUACAGACAACAUUGGCCGUGGGCCCGACUCCUGGGGCCUCUGCAUCCAGGAGGACAGUGUCCAGGCCUGGCACAACGGGAAGGCCCAGCGCCUCCCUCGGGCGUCUGGACGGCUGCUGGGCAUGGAAUUGGACCUGGACGUUGGCUACCUCACCUUCUACAGCUUGGAGCCACAGGCCCAGCAGCUGCACACCUUCAACGCCUUCUUCAACCAUCCCGUCUACCCUGUCUUCUGGCUCCUGGAAGGGAGAACCCUCACCCUGUGCCAUCACCCUGUUACUCAGGAGGCUGAGAUCUGAGGAUCAAGGUUCAAAGCCAGCCUGGGCAGAAAAGUCCCGGUGAG